AUGAAGGCCGUCAUCCAGCGCGUCCUGAGCGGCUCUGUCACCUCCGAAGGUGAAGUGGUGGGUUCCAUUCAGAAAGGGCUCGCUGUCCUUGUGGGAAUCGCACGCGACGACACGGCCGAUGAUAUGGAUUACAUCCUCCGCAAGAUUCUUGGCGCUCGGCUGUGGAGCAACGAGGAUGGAUCCAAGAUGUGGUGCCGCAACGUAAAGGAGAUCGACGGAGAGGUGCUGCUCAUUUCGCAGUUCACGCUCAUGCACGUCAUGAAGGGCAACAAGCCAGACUUCCACAACGCCAUGCCGCCUGAAGACGCCCUCGUCGUCUUCAACAUGCUUCGCGACAAGCUGCGGUCCGCGCACACCCCUGGCAAGAUUGCGACGGGCAGCUUCCGGCACUACAUGGGCAUCGACCUGUCGUGCGAUGGCCCCGUGACGCUCACCCUCGACAGCCGGAACAGGGGCUAA